UCAAAUAGAAUGUGUUACGUCAGUGAAAAAAUUUUGUUUAUCCAUCUCUCGUACAUUCUAUUUACAAAUAAAUGCUAAUCAGUCAAAUAGCGUGGUGUUUUUCUACUUAUUUCUCUACGGAUAUGUAAAAUCAGGUUAGGAAUCGGCUUCUUAAAGCAAAGAGAUCUCUAUUUGACCUCUGCCCGACCCUGUUCCUCAACUAUUGUUUACAAUUUUAUAAACGUACAAUGCUAUCAUUAGUAAAGUGAUACAUGCACUAGAAAUGCGGCGCAAUUAAAAGAAUACUAAACACGAUUAAAUGUUUCUAGUUCAAAAAUAACGUUAAAAACGCCUCAUUCGGCGUUAAAACCAUGGACGACGAACUCGAUUUAUUAGGCUUAAACGACUUGGAUUUAAUAAGAACUUUAGAACAACGGAGUCUUGGUAAUUGCAGAAAAGUCAAAGGAUCUCCUUACGAUCUACAAAUACACGCUGAAGAUGUGUUUAUUCACAAACAAUUUGAUGAACUGAGAUGUGAUAUUCCCGAUAUACCAAGAUCUACAUUUUUGAUGGUAUUUAGUCCUGAUGGAACCAAAAUUGCAUCUACCCAUGGAAAUCAUAACAUUUACGUAACAGAUUCUAGAACUGGAAAGAAUAUUCGCACUUUGUCCGGUCACCCAAGAACUCCAUGGUGCAUUGCUUUUCAUCCAACUUCUAAUCAAAUUCUAGCAUCUGGAUGUUUAGGGGGACAAGUACGCAUUUGGGAUCUUAGUGGAGGGAGUGAAAUAUGGACAUCAGACAUAACAUCAGUAAUAGCAUCAAUAGCAUUUCACCCCGACGAUCGUCUACUGGUUAUAGCUACAUGUAACGAACUUCACUUUUGGGAUUGGACAAAACCGGAACCUUUUAUGAGUGUUUCAACUGGUAAUAGCAAAGAGAAGGUUCGUUACGUAGCUUUUAGCAAGGAAGGAACGAAAUUGAUUACGGGAAUUUCUAACUGUCCCCAAAUGCGAUGGGAAAGAGUCAGAGCCCCCGUACCAAUUUCGAGGCAAACCGAGGGCGCCGCGAAUUCUUACAGACGAAGGAUCACACCGAGAUUAGUUACGGUUCCGGGUCCUCAAAUUCCUUCCCCACCCACAACAACAACAACUACCACAACUACAGUAAAUAGUAGUAAUAAUAACACCCCUAGGGAACCGUUGUCUACGGUUCCAGAAAGGGAAAGGAGGAUAACGGCAUGUUAUCGAAAUUUAGUGCGCGAAUACGAGCUUUUGGUGCAACGAUAUCUUCAAGUAUAUCGCCCCCCAACAAUGAUCGAUCAAGGAACUGAUCCAAUGGAGGAAGAAAUCGAUCUUUCAGUUCUAACAGGAGCAAGUCAAUCCUCUUCAGCUUCAAACACCCCAAUUCCAAACAACUCAACUUCUCCAACCCCCCCAAAUACUAAUGAAUCAGAAAAUGAUCCCCAAGCUUCAACAUCAUCCGGUUUACGAUCGAUGACAUCGACACCAAGGCGAUACGGGUCAUCAAAACCCAUCUCGACAAUCGGCACUCAAACGACUUCAACGUUUUCAUACAAUUCAUCAAGCACAGAAAGUAUCCCUUCGACUUCUACGGCACCAUCGCUUCCAUUUCGUAGGCUCUCCGAAAUGUUAAUGGAUCGAUUGCAUUCGCAAAAUGCGGAUGCGACCACGACGAAUGAGACUGAAUCGAAUUCGACACAAACUGAAAAUCCACGACGAAUUUUGGUGAUUAAUGAGGUUCCCGCAAAUAGUGCGACAAAAGAUGUUGAAAGUCCCACUUUGAAUUUGUGGUCGAAUAAAGUUGUAAUAAAGUGUAAUAGUGAGAAAAGAAAUGUUGAAGAGGAGGAGCCUAAACCGAGUACUUCAGGGUUUCAAUCAAAAUUAAAAACAUUAAAAGCCCGCCCUAAAUAUGAUCAUAGUAGGAAAAGAACUUAUUCUGGGUUAAAAAAGAAUCGACGACCAGUUUGGGAUACUUCAACUGAUAGUAGUAGUACAUCUGAUGAUGAUGAAUCAUUUAGUAAAAGAAAAUGUUCGGAAAAUGUACCAACAACAUCUACAUCAACAAUAAUCACUUCACCAGAAAAUGAUUCAUCAUCAAGACAACAACCAUUAAAUUUUAAUCGAAAAUUAGAAAUACUCGUGACCGAUCUCUUACAAGUUGACCAACACAGAAAUUGCCCUAACGCUGAAAAUUCAGAUCAUUCAAGUAGAAUUUGUAGCACUUGCGGGUUGAGAAUACCCGAUUUUCGCCCAUCUAAUCAAAAUACAGAACAAUCAACACAAGAUAAUUCUAAUUUAAGACCAACAGAAAGCGAAACGAACACAUCUUCAACCCGAUCAACAAUUGGAGUUGCUUUAAAACCAAUAAUAAGACCAUCAUCUCCCAGAUCUUUACCCCGACCUCCUAAUCACCGAUUCUUUUCUCAUCGUUACUCCGCGUUUAACCCAACGAGAGUUAUGCCAAUCCGAUACGGGAACAGAUUAUCAUUGCAACGUUCGCCAAGACCGGCUUCGCCAUCUCGAAGAAAUUGGUGGAGAUCAUUUCACGCGUUUAAUCGUAGCAGGAGUUUCGCAUCCGAUGAAUUAAUUAAUUACUCUGAAAGAACGAACGAAGAGGAUACGCAAGAACCGGUUGUACCUCCCCCUAAUUUUCACCCCUUCGAUCCACCACCAGAAUUUGCAACUAUUAACCCCGAAAAUAUCGGAAUUGGAAAUAUGUACUCAAAUAUAGUUCAAGAAUUAGAAUCGAGUUUAAACGAUGUGAGGAAUUUAAGACCUGGAAAUCGUUUGGGCGAAACUUCCGAUAUGUUGAGUAGUUUCUCUGAGAGAUUAGAAAGUAUUAUGAAUCAAUCAAACGCAAUUUUAAGAAAUUUAAGAACGUCCAUUGAAACUUUAACCCCCGAGCGAAAUAACACAAACAAUCCCUCUACAACCAAUCAAAACACCAACCCUAAUAACUCAAACGCUUCGUCUCAAUCAAGUGAACCUCAAGUACAUUUUAGCGAUGAAUCAUUUUAUUUAAGGGAUCAAAACAAUGAUCCCCCUUUAAACUCGUCUAAUUUAUUAGAUGAAGCCGAAAAUAUUUUUGCAAAUCAAAGAGCCGCCGUGGCCGAUCAUACUUAUCCAGUUAACUCGAGAAAUUCAAACCGAGGAAUACGCUAUAUGAGUCCAUUAAUGGCUUCUUUACAUUUAACCGUGUCGCAUAUACAGCGUCAAGCGAGAUUAUUAAGAUUACAAGUUGAGAGUAUUGAGAGAAUCGACCGCGCUAUGUUAGAGGUGGCUCAAUUACAAAUGUUAAGGCAAAUGUUUACCGAGUUACAAAGACAUUUUCGAUCGAGGGGAGAAAAUCGUCACGCCGUUUCGAGCGUGCGACAAAUGAUGGCUGGUGCUCGAAUAAGCGAUUCAAGCCCGUACGAUUCGCCGGAAGAAAAUUCAAAUUCCCAAAAUAGUUCUUCGGAGGGACCAUCAAGAAGUAGUACAAACGUGGGGGAACAAACUUCUUCCUCAACUCAACAAAGAGUACCAAGAAAAAAUUUUCCUAGGUGUAUAUUUUUAAUGCAUCGUAAUUUAAGGAGGGGCCCAGUUGGAAAUAUCCUUCAUAGAAGGUUGUAUUCGCGAGAUCGAUUGUUAAGGAGGCAAUUAUUUAGGAGGGGAUUUAAUUGCCGAACGCUUUUACAACAAUCUUCUGUUGAUCUGCUUCGACAAAAUAACGGAACCCCAAAUACGGCAUCGAUGGAGAUUUUACGUACGUUGAUACGGAGGUUGGAAUUUUUUUUAAUGGAGCACGGUCAAAACAUUGGGAUUGUUGUGAGUCCAACUAGGAGCCCGGUUGUGACUCACCGCGAAGAAUUCGCUUUAGUAUUUCGAUUAAACGAUUGUAGAAUGCGAAUUAUUUCCCACAUCGGAUUUAAUCACUCAAUAAAUCGCCAAUCAACGGGUGUAACCGCGGAUGGGGCGUCAAGAUUUAGCGCGAGAGAUAUUUUAACGACUUCAGUUGAGCGGUUAAUUCGUUACAUCAUGUUUUCAAGCAACCAAAGUUAUAUGAGACCACUCAUUUCGGAUAUCUUAGAUUUAUCGCUUUUAUUAUCGGAAAUCCUUUUAUUACAAAUAGUUGACUCAAUCCCCCCACCAUCAGGAAUGAAUUUAGACACCGAAAGAGAGAGUUUAUCCGUUAGAAUCGAUCUUAUGUGUAGUCGAAUGUUGAGUCGAAUCAACGAUAACUCUCAAGCGCUUAGUCGGAGUUUAAGAUUCACCAGAUUAGCGGUGAGACAAGCUUCGAACGCUUUAAAUCAAACAUAUCGAGCAAGAAGGAACGCAAUGUUGCCUUCUUCGUUUAGAGAUCCAAGAAGGACUUUAUUAGAGGAGAUACACACGUGUUUAAGGAAUAUUCGGAGACACGAAACUCUUCCGCCCGGAAGUACUAGUAAUCAAUUAUCGACGAGUGAUUGGUUCCAAACUAUUCAAAGAUUAAUUAGUAGGCAUAGAAAUGAAGCUCUUGGGACCGAUCAACCGAGUACGAGCGGAAUAAAUCUUUCAAUCAAUCAAAGUAGUAAUUUAAGUAAUAAUGUUUCUAAUAAUUCCGGAAGUGAAUCUCAAAAUAUUCAAAAUAAUCGUCCUCAAGUCACUUCUACGAGUGCUAAUAACGAAGUUUUGAGUAGCGAUGAUGAUAAUAAUAAUUCAGACCAACCUCAAUCUCCGGCUGAAACUAGUUCUGAAAGAACGUUGGGGUACUUCUCCCCCAACACAAUUUUUCCACGAUCAAGAACAACCGGGAAUUUUUUUAAUAUACUUAACGACGACGAUUCCUCGUCCACAAAUAACAACGGCUCCCCUCGUACGAGAUAUUGGAAUGCCCCUAUCAUUCAAGUCAAUGAUGAACCGAUCACGCAAUUUCCUCAAUAUCAAUCUUUUCAAUCGUAUUUAACGAAUCGGCAAAGAAUGUCGGAGCGUUUUGCUGAACUCCGAACUUAUCCCGUCGCCGGUCUUUUUAGACCCAGAUUUCUUCAUCCUCUUUAUUCCGGACCAAUCGAUAAUGAUUUAGAUGAAAGCGUGCGCGAACAACUUUACGAUACUUCCGAUAUGAUGACUCCAGUUACUCCCAAUCAUCGAAUACAAGUUUGGGAUUUUUCACAAAAUGUUAUCCCAAACAUUAACGAUCCUUUAAGAAACAUGGUGGUAAAUGAAUGCAAGAUCCAUAACGACGCGAGUGUUGAUAUUGCUAGUGAUGGAAGUAUUUUGGUUACUUUGUUACCUACCGGUGGUUAUUUAAACGCGACAACUCGAUUAGGGGUUUACAGUCUUGAAUGGGAAACGCUGGGUCAACGUUUAUAUGUAGCAGAUUUAGAACAAAACGCAGUUUCCGUUUCAUUAUCCCCGCUAAAUCGUCAUUUAGUGGUUGGAUUAUCUGCGAGAAGAGUAUCGAUAGUUCCAAGCGAACGAUGGAUAAUGGCCCGAAUUUUUGCGUUGGAUGAUAAAAGGAAUACUUCGAAUCAAUUGGUUUCGACGAGGGAGGUGGCUCAAAUCAGAGAACCAAACUCGUUAAAAAGCGUUAAUUGUAUUCGUUGGCUUCCGGUUUCUGGUCAAGGUUUGGUUUAUGGAACAAAUACGGGCCAGUUAAGAAUUUUGACGUAAUCUGAACAAAGAGGAUUUUUUUAUUUAAUUGAAGUGAUAAAUUUUAUUUUGGGUUGAUUUAAAGAAAAAUAAGAAAGGUUGUCGUUUUAUUAAGUACAUAUUUCUUUUUAAAUACGAAUAUAAUGAUAACAGUUUUGAAUCUGAUGGAAAGUAUGUAUAUUAUAAGAUGGUAUGAUGAUGAAGAAGCAUUUAAAUUCUGCGAGAUUUUAGUUUCCUUUUUAAUUUUACGUUCUUUCAUACGUAUUCAAUAAUAAAUUAUUAAUUCGUUUCAAAAUAAAUUA